CCAUUAUGAAAGAAAGCCAAGAAGGAGAGGACAGGAGAAGCACAGAAGAUUCCCACGGGAAGGACAAGAAUAAAGUGGUUGUCAGUGCUGUGAGAACGUGAAGUAUGGGAAAUAUGAAAACAGACAAAUCCCAAUGCAGAUCCACUAGCUGGAGAGGUAAUUUUGGGUCUAAUUUUGCACCCCUCUCCUCGCCUCCCCGUCUGCUCUCCACCUCCACGCUUUUAGAUAUUGAGAAGGAUUCGGGUUUUUGCAGACUCUAAUGGACAUGAAAAGGAUAGGCGGUGGUGACGACUUGAAUUAAUGACGUUCUCCUACAGGAUGGAGGGGAAAAUGCCUUAGUAUCAUCAAAUGAACUCCCUACUCCUGGCAUAAAUUUAUCAAACUACUACUUUAUCUCUAAUACUCUGGAAGAGUAGAGGAGAGGCCCUAGAGAAAGCAAGUCUUAAGGGGAACCGCAAUGCUCUUGGCAAAAACCGCACCUCCCGCUUGAACUACAUUGACUCUUUUCACAGAGCGCCUUCCUUUAAUAGAAUCACAACCACCUGGACUACUAACAAGAGGAAGAAGAAAGGAGGAAAGGGAAGGGAAGAUGGCAAAAAUAACGCUCUAGACGAUCCCAGCAACGUCGUCGUGAAGAAUAAAGGGAAUCAAUCACUGGAACGCUGCUAAGGACUUGCUUUUGUUAACACACUUGCACAACUCAAGUUCAGCUCUAUAUUAUGUUGAAAGUCCUUGUUUACGAUCCUCGUAGGAGGUUCUGAAAUAUCUGCCUGCGAACUCCCAAAGAUUGGGCGCUUACUAGUUAGGGGAGGCAGCUGUCCCGGAGGGUGUCCAACUCGGACGGCUGACUGCUCUUUCACUUGUCGUUAACUUCCACCCAGUGGUCUUAGUCGCCCCUUGGACAUGGUACCGACCGUGUGCCAUUCUUGUUUCACUUGACCGAGCCCGAGCUGCAGCCCAGGGUGGAAGCCGCAAGGGCUGGGCAGAGUUCCAGGCAAGAGGGGCCGAGAGGCGUGAGCAGUGCUCCGCAGCGCUUGUCAGAGAAAUGGAGCAGCGGCUCCUUUGUGGGCUCUUACAUCCCCGUCCUGGGUGCAAUCUGCGGGGUGAUUGAUAAGUGAGGGAGAGGGGCCGCGAUCCCUCCCUCCCUCCUCCCUCCCUUCUUCCCCUCUCCUCCCUCCCGCUUUACUUCCCUCCUCCCUCUCCUCUCCCUCCCUCCUUCCUGCAAGAAGCGUUGCCCGUUGGCUAGCCGCUCCAGUGGGGAUCUGCCUGCCCUGGGGGCGCCGCCCGCGCUCCCCGCGGUGCUCCUGCUCCUGGGCUGCGCCAGUCCGAAGCGGUGCCGGCUCCUUUGCCUCACCGAGUCGCAGAUGCUGCGGGCGCCUCCGGGGAAAGAUCUGGGCAGCGCGCUCGCUGGAUGGAGACAGGGAGAUCCAGAAGCUAGUGUCACAUCUAGCAACAGAGCCAGAUCAGAACCCAGGCAAGAAGCGCACGUUUAAACCUCAUUAUCUGGCUAAGUAUAAACCUCAGGGAGAAAAGGGUUUUGUUUUUGUUUUUUCUCAGUCUGUAAGCUAACAUUGAGCUGACUUUCAGAGUCCAGGCAAAUAUCUGUUUGGCGGGUCACUACCCAGAAAGGAAUUAUCUUAGCACUGAAUCAGGGCUCUGUAUGUAAAGCAUAAAUCCCCUAAGAGAACUCCUCACCCUCCUACACAGACACAUUGGUGCAUGCACACACACCCCACUCUCUCUGCACAGAGAGCAUCUGAGCUAGGAGCUGGCAAGUGGGGCACCAGUCCUGUAGCAAAGAGGCACACCACACACACUCUUACACACUUCUCCCUUGCUUGGGAAUCUGGGAGAAGAACCCCCCACCCCCAGCCCUGCCCUCCAUAGGCAUUGUGUAGGUGAAAGAAACAGGGAGGAGUGAAAGAGAACACAUAGAGGGGCCCAAGGAGGUGCCAGCCCAUUAGGAGGGCCCCUCCUUGAGAAACCCCUCUGCAGGAGCUUCUCCUGCCGCCAGCCAGGUUGGAGGUGGAGUAGUUCAGAAUCAACUGACGCAGCCGGGAAUUGAGCUUUGCAAAGCCACUUGCAAGGAAGGGAAGCAUCUGCCCAACCCUCCCCCACCACGCGCCCUGGAUCCUCUGCCUGCCCCCUCCCCCGUGACGUCACCCUAGUCCUGUCCCGGGGAGCCUGCAAAGCCUCUCAGAUUCAAACUGCUAGACGCACUGCUGCCGCCGCCACCGAAUUGGAAACGCGCGCCCAGGCUCCGCCGUCGCCUUUGCCCGCUGACCGGGCCAGCCGGCUCUCCGACCUCCCAACAGAAUCGCACCCCAGUCCCUCCCUGGCAUCUCGGCUUCCCUCCGCUCCAACUCUUCUCUUCCGCUCUUGCCUCCUGUCGGAUUUUUAAUUUCUGCGCACCCCCAGUCAAAUUAAAUCAAUCAACAAAAAGCAGGGCAUCCCCCCUGGAAGCAGCGUCUUAUUUUACCUUGUUCUCCCACUUCCUGAAGAUGCUAAACUCCUGGUGGACUGCAGAGGAGAGGGGUUCAGUCUUCUCCUGAUGUCGGUUGCGAUUUCUGCUGGGAGCUCAAGACGGGCGAGCUGCCCAAGAUCUCUUCGAGAUACCCGAGGGGAGGAGGAGAUGGGCAGGAUUUAGUAGGACAACUCGGUUACUAAUGACUUGGCUGCUGGCUGCGACCCCCCGGAAAAUCAGGUGCAAGCAUGUUUGCCUGUAGGUACCUGAGUUGACACCGAAGGUGCCUAAAGAUGCUGAGCGGCGUUUGGUUCCUCAGUGUGUUAACCGUGGCCGGGAUCUUACAGACGGAGAGUCGCAAAACUGCCAAAGACAUUUGCAAGAUCCGCUGUCUGUGCGAAGAAAAGGAAAACGUACUGAAUAUUAACUGUGAGAACAAAGGAUUUACAACAGUUAGCCUGCUCCAGCCCCCGCAGUAUCGAAUCUAUCAGCUUUUUCUCAAUGGAAACCUCUUGACAAGACUGUAUCCAAACGAAUUUGUCAAUUACUCCAACGCAGUGACUCUUCACCUAGGUAACAACGGGUUACAGGAGAUCCGAACAGGGGCAUUCAGUGGCCUGAAAACUCUCAAAAGACUGCAUCUCAACAACAACAAGCUUGAGAUAUUGAGGGAGGACACCUUCCUGGGCCUGGAGAGCCUGGAGUAUCUCCAGGCCGACUACAAUUACAUCAGUGCCAUCGAGGCCGGGGCAUUCAGCAAACUUAACAAGCUCAAAGUGCUCAUCCUGAAUGACAACCUUCUGCUUUCACUGCCCAGCAAUGUGUUCCGCUUUGUCCUGCUGACCCACUUAGACCUCAGGGGGAAUAGGUUAAAAGUAAUGCCUUUUGCUGGCGUCCUUGAACAUAUUGGAGGGAUCAUGGAGAUUCAGCUGGAGGAAAAUCCAUGGAAUUGCACUUGUGACUUACUUCCUCUCAAGGCUUGGCUAGAUACCAUAACUGUUUUUGUGGGAGAGAUUGUCUGUGAAACUCCCUUUAGGUUGCAUGGGAAAGAUGUGACCCAGCUGACCCGGCAAGACCUCUGUCCCAGAAAAAGUGCCAGUGACUCCAGUCAGAGGGGCAGCCAUGCUGACACCCACGUCCAAAGGCUGUCACCUACAAUGAAUCCUGCUCUCAACCCAACCAGGGCUCCAAAAGCCAGCCGGCCGCCCAAAAUGAGAAAUCGUCCAACUCCUCGAGUGACUGUGUCAAAGGACAGGCAAAGUUUUGGACCUAUCAUGGUGUACCAGACCAAGUCUCCUGUGCCUCUCACCUGUCCCAGCAGCUGUGUCUGCACCUCUCAGAGCUCAGACAAUGGUCUGAAUGUAAAUUGCCAAGAAAGGAAGUUCACUAAUAUCUCUGACCUGCAGCCCAAACCGACCAGUCCAAAGAAACUCUACCUAACAGGGAACUAUCUUCAAACUGUCUAUAAGAAUGACCUCUUAGAAUACAGUUCUUUGGACUUACUGCACUUAGGAAACAACAGGAUUGCGGUCAUUCAGGAAGGUGCCUUUACAAACCUGACCAGUUUACGCAGACUUUAUCUGAAUGGCAAUUACCUUGAAGUGCUGUACCCUUCUAUGUUUGAUGGACUGCAGAGCUUGCAAUAUCUCUAUUUAGAGUAUAAUGUCAUUAAGGAAAUUAAGCCCCUGACCUUUGAUGCUUUGAUUAACCUACAGCUACUGUUUCUGAACAACAACCUUCUUCGGUCCUUACCUGAUAAUAUAUUUGGGGGGACGGCCCUAACCAGGCUGAAUCUGAGAAACAACCAUUUUUCUCACCUGCCCGUGAAAGGAGUUCUGGAUCAGCUCCCGGCUUUCAUCCAGAUAGAUCUGCAAGAGAACCCCUGGGACUGUACUUGUGACAUCAUGGGGUUGAAAGACUGGACAGAACAUGCCAACUCCCCUGUCAUCAUUAAUGAGGUGACUUGCGAAUCUCCUGCUAAGCAUGCAGGGGAGAUACUAAAAUUUCUGGGGAGGGAGGCCAUCUGUCCAGACAGCCCAAACUUGUCAGAUGGAACCAUCUUGUCAAUGAAUCAUAAUACAGACACACCUCGGUCGCUUAGUGUGUCUCCCAGUUCCUAUCCUGAACUACACACUGAAGUUCCACUGUCUGUCUUAAUUCUGGGAUUGCUUGUUGUUUUCAUCUUAUCUGUCUGUUUUGGGGCCGGUUUAUUCGUCUUUGUCUUGAAACGCCGAAAGGGAGUGCCAAGUGUUCCCAGGAAUACCAACAACUUAGACGUAAGUUCCUUUCAAUUACAGUAUGGGUCUUACAACACUGAGACUCACGAUAAAACAGACGGCCAUGUCUACAACUAUAUCCCCCCACCUGUGGGUCAGAUGUGCCAAAACCCCAUCUACAUGCAGAAGGAAGGAGACCCAGUAGCCUAUUACCGAAACCUGCAAGAGUUCAGCUACAGCAACCUGGAGGAGAAAAAAGAAGAGCCAGCCACACCUGCUUACACAAUAAGUGCCACUGAGCUGCUAGAAAAGCAGGCCACACCAAGAGAGCCUGAGCUGCUGUAUCAAAAUAUUGCUGAGCGAGUCAAGGAACUCCCCAGCGCAGGCCUAGUCCACUAUAACUUUUGUACCUUACCUAAAAGGCAGUUUGCCCCUUCCUAUGAAUCUCGACGCCAAAACCAAGACAGAAUCAAUAAAACCGUUUUAUAUGGAACUCCCAGGAAAUGCUUUGUGGGGCAGUCAAAACCCAACCAUCCUUUACUGCAAGCUAAGCCGCAAUCAGAACCGGACUACCUCGAAGUUCUGGAAAAACAAACUGCAAUCAGUCAGCUGUGAAGGGAAAUCAUUUACAACCCUAAGGCAUCAGAGGAUGCUGCUCUGAGAACUGUUGGAAACAAGGACAUUAGCUUUUGUGUUUGUUUUUGUUCUCCCUUUCCCAGUGUUAAUGGGGGACUUUGAAAAUGUUUGGGAGAUGGGAUGAAGUAAUGAUUUUGCUUUUGCAAGUUUUCCUUUAAAUUAUUUCUCUCUUGCUCUCCUCCCCACCUUUUUUUUUUUUUUCUCUUUUUCUCUUCUCUUCUUAGGAACCAUCAGUGGACAUGAAUGUUUCUACAAUGCAUUUCUUCAUAUAUUUCGUUUAUGCUUUUGUUUCUUUUUUCUUCUUUGUUUUUCAGUGUGGGAGUGGGAAGAGGAGAUUAUAGUGACUGAAGAAAGAAUAGGCAAACUUUUCAAAUGAAAAUGGAUAUUUAGUGUAUUUUGUAGAAGAUCUCCAAAGAUCUUUUGUGACUACGACUUCUUUUGUAAAUAAUGAUAUAUGGUAUUUCCAUCGUCAGUUACCGAGUAUAGCCACUGGGCAUCACUACUUUGUGUUAAAGUGCCUUCGCACUUUAAGUACAUUACUUAAAUGUUGCUUUUAGCUUUGAUAAAUUGAAAAUAUUUUAAUGUGUUGUAUUUUUGAAACUGAAAACACUGUAAAAUAGAUUGAUGUGUCAGCUAUAUUAAGUCAACGUACAGUUUGCUUGAGUUAUAGAAACCAGCCUGUCAUCAAAUGAUUCUAGUUCUAGGACUUUGUAGGCUUAACUAUAAAAUAUUUCCUUUCCUCUGGGUUUAAGUGAUUUUAUUUAAGUCAACUAAGGGGAUUUAACAGUGGACUAGAGGUAAUAAGCCACCUCAGUCAGGAUUAAUAAUUCAUUAAUAAAAUAUAUUUAACCCAAUAUCAGAGUGAAUUGAGCAAUUAAUGCCCUUCUGUAAAUCAUUAUUUUACACUAACAUGGUGAGUGUUUUAGAUUAUUUUCCUAAUUAAAAGAACAUGACACAGCUAGUAAUAUAUUUUUCUGCAUCGAAUUAGGUAUUUUUAUAUAUUUAAAUGAAAAAGUCUGUAUUUCUAACUUUUUAAUUGAAAUUCAUAUUUUUUCUGCCUAUUGAAACAUUUUCUAUAAACACACACCAGUAGAGGCCGCCACACACCUCAUUUAACAAAGACAUAUGAGCCAUUAAAGACCUUGAAGGAAGACUUCAUGGGCGAGAUUAAAACUUCCCAAGUAAGUUCUCUGCAAAAUUCAAGGUAGCAGAGAUAAAAACGUAUACAUUACUCUCUAUUUAUUUUAGAUCACAGGUUAGACUCAUAAUCCUUCUCAAAUUUAACACUUUCUGACAACACAGCAUUUUCCUCUUGAGUUUAAUUGAAGCAUUAAUGGGGUGCUAUCAAAUCAAGUACCAUUUGCGUCUCCAAAUCGAUUAAUAGUUACCUAAACCAAGAUAUUAAGCAUCUUUUUCCUUCUGCCUUCUUUAGGCUUGUGUUACUUGAAGUUUUCCUUGUCAGCUUCAGCAAGACUUUCAUUUUGGUGUUAGCAUUAGGAUGAUUUUAAUUAACCAAGUCUAUAUAACAUUUACGAAGCCUUAUUAGACUGUAAAUAAUUUUAGAUGCAAACAUGAUUGUGUGAUUUAAACAAACAGCCCUUCUUUACAACAAAAAAUAGUUUUGUUUUGUCUAUUGUAAAUCCUUAUGCAACUGGGAUGGUGAUCUGCAUAUAAAGUAGUUCAGCUUUUCAAUUCCUUAUUAAAGCAAGCGAUGG